CCUGAUGACUUUAAAUCUUUCUUUCAAUGAGUUUGAAGGCAUGGUGCCAACUACUGGUGUUUUCAAAAAUACAACUGCACUGUCGAUUGUGGGAAACAAGAAGCUUUGUGGAGGUAUACCAGAAUUGAAACUGUCACCAUGCAGAAACAGUAACUCAAAGAAAGGAACAUUGUCACGACGACACAAGUUUAUGAUCGCAUUUCUAUCUGCAUCAGUGGGGCUUGUGCUCAUCGUGUCUCUUUUAAUUGUUAAUCGAUUAAGAAAGCUGAAAAGAGAGCCUGCACUUCCUCUAGCAUCUGCAUCAGUCAAGAAGGAAUUGCUUCCAAGAGUCUCCUACGAAAGUCUCCAGAAAGCAACUGAUGGAUUUUCUUCUGAAAAUUUAAUCGGUGCAGGCAGCUUUGGCUCUGUUUACAAAGGAAUUCUUGAUCAAAACGAAAACAUUGUUGCUGUGAAAGUGCUCUAUCUACAUCAACCAGGAGCUUUAAAGAGCUUCAUGGCCGAAUGUGAAACUUUAAGAAAUAUUAGGCACCGCAAUCUUGUAAAGCUGUUAACAGCUUGCUCGAGUGUUGAUUUUCAAGGCAAUGAAUUCAAAGCUCUGGUCUAUGAAUUCAUGCCGAAUGGGAGUUUGGAGAGUUGGUUGCACCCGGUUCCAAAUGCAGGUGGUGAUGGCAUGGAAGACGAUCUGAGGAUUUUGAGCCUCACCCAAAGAGCAAACAUUGCCAUUGAUGUUGCCUGUGCUCUGGAAUAUCUCCAUCACCAUUGCCAAAAGCCAAUCGUUCACCGUGAUUUGAAGCCUAGUAAUAUCCUUCUGGACAACGAUAUGACUGCUCAUGUCAGUGAUUUCGGGUUAGCAAAGUUCUUGCUAGAAGCCAUGGAAAGAUCUCAAACGAACCAAAGCAGCUCAGCUGGGCUCAAGGGAACUGUUGGUUACGCUGCACCAGAGUAUGGCAUGGGAGGUAUGGCUUCAACAUAUGGUGAUAUAUACAGCUAUGGGAUUCUCUUGCUGGAGAUGUUUACUGGGAAAAGGCCAACUGAUGAAACAUUUAAAGAUGGACUGGAUCUCCAUAAUUUCGUUAAGACAGCAUUGCCUGAACGAAUACUAGAAGUUCUUGAUCCAUUGUUUGUUGCAGGAGGGGGAGGGGAAGAAGAGGAGAUAGCAAAUGAGGGGGGUUGCAUCCUUGUAGAAACGAAAAAGGACCUGCUGCAAAAUAGCUUGACAGAGAUCCUGAAAAUAGGAGUUGCUUGUUCAUUGGAACAACCCAGAGAGAGAAUGAAACUUGGUGAUGUUAUCAAAGAAUUGCAGCUGGUCAGGGGUCUUCUUCUUGGAUCUGAUAUGACACAAAGAUGAAACACUAUUUAGAAAUGAAAUUCUUCUAUUCUAGAUUUAUGAUUUCAUGUAUAGACUUCGAAAUCUCUGAGACUGUUACAGUUCUGUUGCAAGGGUCUGGGAUUUUGGAAAUGGAAUUGGAAACUCUAGUUCAGACCCUUAGCUCAAGAUCCAAACCACUAACAAAAAGAGUAUCAGUGUAAAAAAAAAUCCAAAGCAGAUUCUCAUAUUUUGGUGUUCAAGACAGGAUCCUACUCUCGGAUAAUCAAAUUUACCUUAAACCUUGUUCUUUUUUACCCGAUGUUGAGAAAAAAAAAAACAUGUGUCCGAAAGCAGAGAUUGUCUGAUAUUAUUGUCCGAAAGUAUUAGAGAAUA